AUGGGGCCAGCGCAUGGUGGUUUCGAGUUCUUGAAGGGCUCUUUCCCAGGGAUCGAGGGAUAUGCCGUAGGCAGGAUGACCAAGAGUCACCGUGGCAAGCUCUACAUCGACGAUGAUGGUAGGAGCCCUGAGGCCGACUCAAUCGAGUACGGGAACCAAGUCCCCUUCUGCGGAAUCCACAUCUUCAUCGGCAAGAUCGGCAUUUCUGAGCCUGAGCCGGACAUCUGUAUCGACCUCGUCGAGCUGGCUCAGUGUGCGCAAUCCGCCCGGAUCCAAGCUGGUCGGAAACACGCCUUUGUGGGCUUCACACAAGGAGUGGAACAUGCGGAGAAUUCCGCAUCUGGAGGAGAGACUCUCAUCUAG